AUGCAGGAGCAUAUCCGCCGCGCACACCCCGAGCACUACAUCUCGAAGCUUCCAGCUACAGAAGAGAGCUUCUUGUUAAUGAUUAACACUCCACCAUCGGAGCGACGCCCUUUAGAUCAGACCUCAGCUCCAAAUGCUCAGGGUUUGUCCCACUCUCACUCCAGCCUGCCCCCGCCCAUUGACCACCUUCAAGGCUUUCACGAGCGACACAACUAUCAUCGCGACGAACCGAGUAAUCCAGGCACUCCGCGCCUUCUAGAUGAUUUCAGUAAUGGCGGGCCGGUUUCUGGCCCAAUGCUUGGCACAGCCAGUGCGGCUGCUGCCCUAGCCGAACUUCAUGGCGUCAAGAGUGAACGCGACAUGGAUUUGGACGGUGAUUAUUACUCAGACAUGGAUGUUCGACGUAGGCCACGGACAUCCAUCGAACUGCCGCCUCUCAAUCUUUCCAAUCAUGAUAUUACUAGCGACCCUUAUUCAUCUGCCAAAUCUAAUAGACAGCGCGACUUUCUCCCUUCCAUUCUGGCAAACUCACCACCUGGAAGAUCCUCAACGCUCCCACCUCUUCAGCGUUCUGUGGGGCCUAAUCGGCCUCGCAAGCAGUCUGUUACAAAGCGAGGAAGAGAGCCUCACCACAAAAAGAAGAACUCUAAAGGUUCUGCAACUGACUGGCUACGCCGAAUUCAAAAUGAAGAACGAUAUAGACCAGGUAAUGAUCGGAAGGCUUUGUCAGCAGAACCAUCGGCAGACUUCGGGAAGCGGUGGGAAGAUCUUAUCGAUGCAGCUGAUCAAGCCGCUUCUGCUGCUGGUGAUAUUGACGAAGACCGUACUCCUGUCCCUCAGUCUCCUGUUUCAAUGCAUAGAUCAUCGUUACCGCCCUUUUCCCACCAGCCUCAAUUCCAGCCGGCCAGUUAUCAAGCUUCGCCUCUCCAGCAGGCACUCACGCCUCCAUCAUAUGGCCAGGAUGCUGUAGAGCCAUUUCCAUCCGUGGAGAGUGGCGAAAGCGGCGACAACUUUCACAUGGGAACCCGGGGGCUUUCUGAUUCGUCACCAACAUAUUCGGCCCAGAAUAUUCAGAUAUACUGCGCUGCCUGUCAAGGAUUCUCUCUACUCAAGGAUUCGUAUGCAUGUACCGAAUGUAUCUGUGGCCUGUGCCCAACUUGUGUGGAGGUUCUCAUGACAGAGCAUGGAGCAAGAAGGAAGUGUCCCCGCUGUGCUACAAUUGGCGGGCGGUUCAAGCCUUUCCAGCUCGACAUUAGAUAA